AUGUACUCGACGGUAGGAUCGAUAUAUAAUAAAUAUACCAAAUCAUCUCCGACUCUGCUUCAAUCAUUUUCAUUGUCGAAAGCACAGGCGCAAUGGAUGGACGAGUCGAGUAAGCUGCAGCGCUGUGCGACAAACCUGAAUUGGCGUUGGAGAUGCGGACUUCAACUUAAUUCCGAAGCACCUGAAGAUGCCUUGGUACGACAGUCCAAGGAAAAAUGUUUUUUAGUUGACAAUGGUAACGGUUGUCUCGAUCGAUGCGCCGCUAUACAUUUUGCGGUCAGCACAGCAACAGAGACAGCAACAGCAUUGAUACAGCUAAAUGCCUUCAUUCUGACGAUGAUCAUGGACGAGCCGUUCCCGUUGUCAAUGAAGUGUAACAGGUGUGACUCCCUUUUCUGCCACCCCCACCUGUAUUGAUAUCAAAAAUAAUAAAUCUACUUUUUGAGGUUAGCAAAACUCUUCAGCAGCUUUUUAUCGUUUCUUUCGACUUAUUCUAUUUAUAUCAAAAGCGAUUUAUGUUUCUUAUUCUAACUAAGUAGUGUAUGUGUAUUUCACAAACCGCAUGAAAAGAAAAGACACAAGAGCAAGAAGUAGUUUCUGGAAAAGCGAAACUCUCUUGCCAUCAUUCAAUGACGUUACCUAGUGGCUACAACUAGUUUCUCUAGUUUCUCUCGCAGCUACGGACUCGGAUUCGGCCUAUGAUGAACGGUAGGUGCUAGCAGAUAAUGAAUGUUCGAUGUUGGCCCUCGCCCUAGUGACUUGUUGACUACUAGCAGUAGAAGCAGCUCGGUGGGUGUUUUCGACAUCGACAUGCUAGUAUUAUAGCUCCUGCUCAACGACCACAACCAGUAGAAUUGUCAAUGAACACCCUGGUCGCCGUGUAUCAAGAAGAUAGAAGACCCAGGACCACCAGGGCGGUACAACAGACUGGCGCACUUAUGCGGUGUGAGUUUUUGUGAAAGAAACAGAAAGAGAUAAAAAGGUCGGCAAAGGCCACAAAAGGCGAAGAGGCCUGCCUAGUAGAAGAUGAAGACCCUAGCGAAACAGCCAAUUUGAGAUUGCGGAAACAAAGUUGUAUUCACUCCACCCUCCGUUGUAACAAUGAACAAUGACGACGUAGAUGAUAUUGAUAUUCGGUCUCUCUAGAAAACACAAUUAUAAUUGUAAUAGUUCUGCGUUUCUAUAGCCUGUCCGCCAAAAGAGCUACGGCUGUAACCGGAACGGCUGUAACCGUACUGCGAGGACCAGCACCUCCAGUAUGAUUUCAUAACAUUUUGCAAUGGCAUCUUCAGUUUGCGAAGAUAUAAACUUGAAUUUCGAUUUCCGAAUCCUUGGAUAAUUUCUAUGAUGAAGCCUUCAUCAUAGAAAUUAUCCAAGGAGGGGAAGGGAAAACCAGACGCACUUCGUGAGAAGCGGUGGAUUGGAG